AUGCACAACACAACUCCACUCAAGUUCGGAAUCGAAGCGAUUUUGUCGCCGAACUUCGGCUCGUCUAGUCCGCCGGCGUCGUGUGUGGUCUCGCCGAUUCCGAGUCCGAAUUCGACGAGCUGCAGUGUUCCGAGCCCGUCAAGCAUCUCGCCAAACUUUGGAAUCGACAAUCGAUCAGUGUACCCGGCAUGGGUGUUCUGCACCAGAUAUUCCGAUCGGCCAUCCUCCGGCUCACGACAUCGAAAAACGAGAAAGAGAGAUUCGACAGGAAGCUCAGGAUCGUCGGAAGAGGAGAAGAGACCGCGGACGGCAUUCACGACAGCCCAGUUGGAGAGAUUGAAGAAGCAAUUCCAUGACAAUAGAUACCUAACCGAGAAGAGGAGACAAGAAUUGGCUCACGAGCUCGGUCUGAACGAAUCGCAGAUUAAAAUCUGGUUCCAGAAUAAACGCGCCAAAUUGAAGAAGGCGAAUGGCGAACGAACACCAUUGAGCUACCAGAUGAUGGCGCAACUCGCUCAGGCUCAAGUUGCUGCACAAGGUGCAUGCAUUAGACUAUGA